AUGCCAUUUGGAUUCAAAGCAACAAGUUGAGAGGUGGUAGGAACCCCAGCAAAAGGGAAAGGAGACUGUCUUGCUUGUCUUGCCGGACAUUUUUGUCUGAAUGGUACUGUUGUACCAGAACCUUGUGGAAAAGGCAAAUACACAAAUCCAGGACAAUCAGUUUGUCAGACAUGUUUGGCUGGUCGCUUCUGUGAUAGUGAAACCACAACUGAAACAAGCAUGAACACAACCAAACUUUGUCCAGCUGGAAAGUAUUGUAGAGCAGGACUGACAGAUGUUGGUGAUGCCACUGAUUGCCAAAGAGCACAUUACUGUCCUGAAGGUCACCCUGUUGAAAUUCCUUGCCCUGUUGGUACAUUUAACCGAGAUACCAAGGGAGGAAAUAUAUCUGCCUGUAGAAUGUGUACUGCAGGGAAAUACUGUCUUGAGAAAUCCAUAGAUGAGACAGGUGACUGCAGUCCUGGCUUCUAUUGUCCAACCAACAUCACAGAUGGAGUCUCGAGUUUACGUAUUGGCUCAUAUGGUCCUAUACAGGAACCUUGUCCAAAGGGUACUUUCUUUAAUGAGUCAGGAGGGAGGUUCGUAGAGGAUUGUCGAGAGUGGACUAUAGGUCAUUACUGUCCAACAGGAUCUCAGACACCCACAAUUUGUAAAACUGGUCACUACUGUCCACCUGGGUCAGGUGACCCUCAACCUUGUCCCGUGGGAACAUUUAAUAAUCAGAGUGGAGCUUACUAUUUGGAGAACUGCACAGACUGUACACCUGGCUGGUACUGUGAUGCUCAAGGACUCUCCAUUCCAAGAGCGCAGUGUGACCCAGGUUAUGUGUGUUAUGGUGGAGCGUAUACUGGAACUCCCAAUGAUGGAAAAACAGGGAGACCUUGUCCCCAAGGGACUUUCUGUGUUGCCGGCUCUUUUGAAUUUGAUUCUUGUCGUGUUGGAACAUACAGUAAGAGCACUGGUGGAACAAGUGACCAAGACUGUCAGUUGUGUGAUCCUGGAUACUUCUGUUCCAAGAAGCAACUAACAGCUCCGGAGGGACCAUGUGAUCCUGGUUAUUAUUGUCCAGAGGGGUCCAUCUUGAGCAAUCAAACAAUCACUCCACCUGGAUUUUUCACUCCAGCAGGAUCAUCAGAGCCACAGCCCUGUCUACCAGGAACAUAUCAACCACAUGAAAAACAAAGUAAUUGUCUUCCUUGUGAGCCAGGAUUUUACUGCCCCACAAAGAGCAUGGUCAAUGGUACGGAAUGUGAACGAGGUUUCUACUGUCCACCUGGCACAGACAGACCAUUUGCAUGUCCUGAAGGGACAUUUAACAAUUACACUCGUCAAGUGUACAACUCAAGCUGCGAACCAUGUCCACCAGGAAAAUACUGUAAUCCAACAGCACAGAGUUUCCCCACAGGCCCUUGCGAUGCAGGAUACAUUUGUUUCUACAAUGGAACAAGGCCAACGCCCACAUUUGAAGAAGGUGUUUUGGAUUGGGGAAGGGUGUGUUCAGCUGGUAAAUACUGUCCAAGUGGAACAACGGAUGAGAUACCAUGCCCAGAAGGAACAUAUCGUAAGGUAACCCGUGGUGAAUCUGUGGGUAAUUGUGAACCUUGUGAUCUGGGACAUUACUGUAAUGGUACAGGACGUACCAAUGUAGCUGGUCUCUGUGAUCCUGGUUAUUUUUGUUUGCGUGGGGCUAAAAUACCCAAGCCAAACAAUGAUUCUACUGGUGGAAUUUGCCCAAGAGGAAGUUCUUGCUUAGCUGGACAGCAACCAGAAAAGUGUCAGCCAGGCUUUCAUGCUCCCAUUGAAGGAAAAGAGGUAUGCCAAGUAUGUGAGGCAGGUACCGAGUGCCUUAUAGGAACAAUUGACCCUCCGCCUUGUCCUCAAGGCUAUUUUUGCGUACAAGGAACAACAGCCAAACAGGCGUGCCCCAUUGGUACAUUUGGUAAUAGAACAGGGCUGAAGGAAAGGUCUGAGUGCACAUACUGCUUGGCUGGCCAGUACUGCGAGACUGAGGCAUUGAAGGAUGUAACUGGUCCAUGUGAUCCAGGGUACUUUUGCUUUAAAGGUGCCAAGGUAUCAACACCCCCAGAUGACCCAGACAAUGAUCCUUUUUGGUUUGGUGAAUGUCCUGAGGGAGGUUAUUACUGUGAGAGAGGUGUCUCCCAACCUACACCCUGUCCACCCGGAAGGUUUGCACCUGGUAAUGUUGGCAGAUUAAAGUCAGUAGAUGAAUGCACCCUGUGUACUGCUGGCUCUUACUGUGCAGUGGGACAUCAAGAUCAUGUGAAUGGUACUUGUGAUCCUGGCUUCUUUUGUCUUGAGGGAUCCCCAACUCCGAGACCUAAUACAACAUAUGGUGGAAUCUGUCCUCCUGGGUUCCACUGCCCUGCUGGGUCAGCUUUUCCACAGCCAUGUGAUCCAGGGACUUAUAACAAUGCAAGUGGUCAAGCAUCGUGUCAGACAUGUCCAGGAGGCUUUUAUUGCAGUGGAAAUACAACAAGUCCCGAAGAGUGCCCAUCUGGCUUUUACUGCCCACCACAAACAAGUUAUGCUACUGACAACCCAUGCUCUGAAGGAACAUUUAACAACUUGACAGGCAUGUCCUCUGUCAGUGCUUGUGUACAAUGCACAGCUGGAUAUUACUGCAACAGGCAAGGUCUUUCUGAUGUUACUGGUCCAUGUGAUGCUGGAUACUACUGCAGUGGAGGUGCAACAGCAGCAAAACCUGUCGCCAAUGGGGGCAAGUGCCUUAAUGGAACAUACUGUCCAGAAGGAAGUUCUCAACCUCUCCAGUGCCCUGCUAAAAAAUAUUGUGGUGGUGAAGCUUUGCCAGCACCUUCAGGUCACUGAGCAGCUGGUUAUUACUGUGUGGGAGGCUCCAAAACAGACAGACCAACAGAUGGGGCCACUGGUUCUGAAUGUCCGGAGGGUUCAUACUGUAUUGAAGGCAGUGCCACACCAGCACCAUGUCCUAAUGGUACCUACUCUAAUACUACUAAGAAUGAAAAGGUAGAGGACUGUGUUGACUGCACCAGUGGUUUUUACUGUGAAGGAAAUGGAAAUAAAGAACCCACUGACCAGUGUGAUCCUGGAUAUUACUGUCCUCCUGGACAGAGAGUGAAAAAUCCAAAUGGAUUUGAGUGUACUCUUGGCCACUUCUGCCUAAGAGGUUCAAAAGAACCUCAAAGAUGUCAGUCUGGAUUUUACCAGGACAGCAGAAAUCAGUCAUCUUGUAAGGUUUGUCCAGAAGGAUUCUAUUGUGACAACCGCUAUGCCCCUGUGGUUCUGUACCAAAACAGCACCUGUCCUCCAGGGUAUUUUUGUCCUAUUGCCACCACUCACGCUUAUGAGUUUCCCUGUCCACUUGGAACAUUUAGCAAUACUUCUGGUCUCUCUCAUGUUGAUGAAUGCAGUCCAUGUCCAGGUGGCUACUAUUGCGAUGAACUAGGACAGACAACAUAUACAAAGCAAUGUGAUGGAGGGUAUUUCUGCCGUAGUGGUGCAUCUGUGUCAAGCCCGGAAGGUCUCUCUGUAAAUGCAACUUUGUGUCCCCCUGGUACCUUCAACUACACAGAUGCUGGCCCAUGUCCAGCUGGUUUUUACUGCCCCAUUGGUACUGCAGAGCCUGAGAAGUGUCCUCCUGGAACCUUCAGCAAUGAAACCAAAUUGUCAUCAGUGGAACAGUGCAAAAACUGUACACCUGGAUACUACUGUGAGAACUUCAAUUUGGUGGAGCCUGAAGGACCGUGUUUAGAAGGGUACUACUGCCCAUCAGGGGCAUCAAAGCGAAACAUGAUUGAGUGCCCUGCUGGUGCAUAUUGCAUAGAGGGUACUUAUGAGCCAGAAUUGUGUCCAAAUGGAACAUUCAGAAACUUCACAAAGGGAACGUCCAUUAAUGAUUGUUAUAACUGCACCCCAGGGUAUUAUUGCCAAGGUGUUGGACUAACAAAAGAGACUGGUGCUUGUGCAGAAAGGUAUUACUGUCCUGGAGGGAACAAGGUGAAAGAUCCACACCAUUUUUUCUGCCCAGUAGGCCACUUCUGUCCAGGAGGGACAUCUGAACCCAUCCCAUGCCAAAAUAACAGCUUUGCCAAAUCAACACAUGCCAAGGAAUGCUCUCUGUGCCCUGCAGGAUUCUUUUGUAAAGUAGCUGGUGUUCCUAAGAACUGCACAAAAGGCUUCUACUGCCCUUAUGGAACUGGUAUUGACUUGAAACCAUGUCCCAAAGGAACCUAUGGUGAUCAGGAGGGAUUGGAGAAAGUCUCUCAAUGUAGGGUCUGUGACCCAGGAAAGUACUGUGGGUAUGAACAUGCCACAAAUUACACUGGUGACUGUGCACCUGGGCACUGGUGUGCUUAUGGCCUUGACAGGCCUGAUCCCAUCGGGGACAACAUUACAGCAUACAAUGCCAGUACAAAUUACUCUUGUCCACAUUUUGAUGGCAGAGAAACAGGCUAUGGAGGUAUAUGUCCAAUUGGUCACUUCUGUCCUCAAGGAUCACAAGCACCACUCCCUUGUCCACCAGGAACUUAUGGACAUCUUCCCAAGCUUGCCAAGUGUUUAACCUGUCUAGAAGGCUAUUACUGCCCAGGAAAUAACUCUGAAUUUGAGUCUCGCCCAUGUCCAGAAGGAUACUUCUGUCCAAAUGGAACAUCAUAUUCUAACCAAUUCCCCUGUCCAGCUGGAACAUACAAUAACAGAACCCAGGGUACUAAGAUAGAGGACUGUGUCAGUUGCAGACCUGGCAUGUAUUGUCCAGUGGAAGGAAUGCCACAACCUAUUCAAUACUGUGCUGCUGGCUACUUCUGUAGGCGUAAUGCUACCAGUGCUACCCCAGAUCAAGGGAAUGAUGCCAACAUUUGUCCAGUGGGUCAUUACUGCCCAGAAGGAACUGGUGAACCAGUAGACUGCCCUCUUGGAACAUAUGGGAAUGAUACUGCCUACAAGGAUGUCAAUGAAUGCUGGAACUGCACAGCAGGUUUCCAUUGUUCUCGGCCUGGGCGGAAUUCUCCAGUUGGGCCAUGUGACCCUGGCCAUUACUGUCCAGUUGGCUCAUCAAGUCCAAAGGAAGUCCCAUGGCAACCUGGAACAUACUGUAUUGGACAGAAUGAAGAAGCAGCAUUGUGUCCCAUUGGAACAUUCCAGCCAGAGUAUACCAGAACAAGUAUCAGUGACUGUAUCAAUUGUACUGCAGGAUUUUAUUGCUCUACACCUGGACAAGCAAACUACUCUGGCCCUUGUAAGAGUGGCUCAUACUGUCCAACUGGUUCAUCUGUUCCUGAUCCAGUGGAAUGUCCUACUGGGUUUCACUGUCCUACUGGCAGUGCUGUACCCAAACCAUGUCCAGCAGGGACUUUCACAAACUCAACAGGAAGAGACAAUUGUGAUCCGUGUCCAGAUGGCUUUUACUGCUUCCCUCUAGAACUAGCUAGAAAUGAAUCUACUGGGUACCGCAUCUGUCCAAGGGGGUUCUACUGCCCAGAGGGAACUGGUCUUGACUGGCAGUCAUGCCCUGCUGGUACCUACAGUGAUGACCUUGGCUUGUACAAAGAAAAACAGUGUAAAGAUUGUGAUGGUGGAAAAUUUUGUAAUGGAAGAAACUUGACUUCUCCCACAGAUUUCUGUGCACCAGGCUACUUUUGCACCAUAGGUGUUUCUGUUGAUAAACCUUAUAUUGAUGGAUACAAUGUUACCAAUGGUUCUUGCCCUAAUCCAACAUUCCUUGGCCAGUACACUGGCAUUGGUGACAUCUGUCCUCCAGGAACAUUCUGUGUUCAGGGUUCCGUCGUACCCGAGGCAUGCGAAGCAGGAACAUACAACGAUGAGACUGGUCAAGACAAAUGCAAAGCUUGUCCUUCUGGUUUCUAUUGCUCGGGACAGACAGUGAUGUUUAUUAACUUCACCUGUCCAAGUGGUCACUACUGUCCCUUCAACACUACUCAGCCAUACGAGCACCCCUGUCCACCAGGCACAUAUAACAAUUUAACAGGACAGAAGACACAAGCAUCCUGCCUUUCUUGUCCAAAAGGUAGCUAUUGUGAGGGUUAUGGAAACUCCUGGCCAACAGGCCUCUGUAGUGCUGGGUGGUACUGUAAUGGAAGUGCAACUUCCAACAUGACCAUUACACAUGGUGGUAAAUGUCAACCAGGUUAUUAUUGUCCUGAAGGUUCUGGGGAACCAAGGGAAUGUGACGGAGGGAAAUUCUGUGAUGUUGAUGGCCUGAGUGAACCUAAAGGAAACUGUAGUGCAGGUUAUUUCUGCAAGUUAAAGGCAAGUACUUCAACACCAACUGACAGCACUGGAGGAAGGUGUCCUCCUGGCCACUACUGCCCUGAAGGAUCCAUGGAUCCUACUGCUUGUGAACCAGGGACUUAUUACGGUGGCAUUGUAGCAACAAACUCAAGUGCAUGUGUGCUUUGUACUGCUGGCAAGUUCUGUAAUACAUCUGGUCUGUCUGCACCUGAUGGAAUCUGUUCUGCUGGGUACUAUUGCCCUGCUGGACAGUCAGUCGGUACACCAGCUUUGUUUGGCUGCCCCACUGGAAGUAAAUGUACUCAAGGUUCUCCAACUCCUGAAUAUUGUGAAUCUGGUUACUAUCAAGAUGAACCUCUACAAGACACUUGCAAAGAAUGCCCUGCUCGUUACUACUGCAAUGCGACAUUUGGUGGAGUAAAGAAUUACAAUCUUUAUUUAUGUCCAGACGGAUACUUCUGUCCGAGUGGAACUCGAUUUGCAGAGGAAUUUCCCUGUGAGAAUGGCACUUUUAACAACUUGACAGGCCGUGCAAGUCAGAGUGAAUGUACACCUUGUCUUCCACGCUAUUAUUGUGGGGAACCAGGUUUGACUCAUCCCAAGACACUUUGUAGCUCUGGAUACUUCUGCAAGAAAGGUGCAAUGACUGCCACACCUGAGCAGGGAAGUGAUGCAAAUAUUUGUCCACAAGGAAAGUAUUGUGAGGAAGGUACAGAAGAACCAGAACUUUGUCCUGCUGGAACGUUCAGUAAUGCUUUAGGUUUGCAUAACUCGAGCCAGUGUACCCCAUGUACCGAAGGUUAUUACUGUGAAUUUAGUGGAAAGACAUCGGAAACAGGGCAAUGCGAUGAGGGCUAUUUCUGUGUCCAGGGUUCGAUCAGUAAGCAGCAAGAAGUCUGUCCUGCAGGAAAAUAUUGUCCACUUGGCACUCAUACACCCAAGGACUGUCCCAUUGGAACUUACUCUAACACCACUGGCCUGUGGAAAGAAGAUCAGUGUACCAAUUGCACAGCUGGCUCAUACUGCUUGGAAAGAGGACUUAGUUAUCCCACUGGGCAGUGUACAGCGGGUUAUUACUGUCCCACUGGCUCCUCAGUGGACAAUGCUGUUCCAUGUCCUAUUGGCUUACACUGCCCCACAGCUAGCGCCACUCCAAAGGAUUGUCCCUCUGGAACAUUUACCAACGCCACAACGCAGCCAUCUUGUCAGGAUUGUCCUCCUGGAUAUUACUGUUUACCUGAAAAUGUCACAGCAGGCGAUCCAAAGUCUGGUUACCACGAGUGCCCCAGGGGGUACUACUGUCCUCUUGGGACUGGUUUAGACUGGAAGCCAUGCCCACUUGGUACAUUUAGUAACAAAACAAAGCUUAGCUUGGUGACUCAGUGUGAGGAUUGCCUGGGAGGUAAGUACUGUGGUGAGCUCCAUGCCAUCGAGCCUACUGGAGACUGUUUUGGUGGACACUACUGCGAGUCCGGCGUUGACAAACCAGAUCCUAUUAAUUCAGUGAAUGGAACGUCACUACUUGGCAACUGCUCCAUCCUGGGAUUGCACACAGGAUAUGGUGGAGUAUGUCCAGUGGGUCACUACUGUCGUAAAGGUUACACCCUUCCAGUGCCGUGUCCUGAUGGAAGUUACCAAGAUGAAGAAGGAAAAACAUAUUGUAAAUCGUGUCCUGCUGGCUUCUUCUGUCUUGCCCAGGCCUCCACAUUCAAUGACUCUGUCUGUCCAUCCGGAAGAUAUUGUCCAAUAAACACAAGUGUUCCAUAUCUCUGUGACGAGGGUACUUUUAACCAUUUAACCGGACAGGAAGCAGAAUCAAGCUGUGUUCCUUGUACUGGUGGAAUGUAUUGUGAAGGAACUGGUCUGAGUAAGCCCACUGCCCUCUGUUAUGGUGGGUGGUUCUGCAGAAAUGGAUCAACGAACCCUACACCUGAUGGAGGUCGCUGUCCGACGUCUCAUUAUUGCCCCAAUGGAUCAGCUUUGCCAACACCCUGUGAUCCAGGAAAGUACUGCCCACGCCCAGAACUGUCAGAACCAGAGUUUGACUGUGAGGCUGGUCACUACUGUACAUCUGGAGCAAAAGAAGCCAAACCUACAGAUGGAAUGACAGGAGAUAUCUGUCCAAAUGGCAAGUAUUGUCCCAGAGGAAGUGGGGCACCUGAGGAUUGUCCAAUUGGAACAUUCUUGAAUAGUACAGGCAAUAGAAAUGUGACUGACUGUCAAGACUGUACUCCAGGGUGGUACUGUGGUGGAAGUGGGCUGCCUGUGCCCACAGCGUUGUGUAAGGCAGGCUACUUUUGCAGCGGUAGAGCAGAAAGCGAUGAUCAGCACGAAUGUCCCGAAGGAAACAAAUGUCCUGAAGGAAGUCCAAAUCCCAUACCUUGUGAAGCAGGAUAUUACCAAAACGAAAAAGCAAAACCAGCGUGUAAAAUCUGCCCAAAGGGCUUCUAUUGCAAUGACACUAAUGGCCCAGUCAUACUAUAUGGACAGUAUAUCUGCAUAGAGGGUCAUUAUUGUCCAAGCGGUACAAGAUAUGCAGAACAGUUUAAGUGUCCUCCAGGCACAUUCAACAAUAGAACUGGCAUAGACGAAGAGUCAGAUUGUAGGACAUGUACUGGUGGCAUGGUCUGUGAUGAGUGGGGUUUGGUGUCUCCAUACAAGUUAUGUGGGGCUGGAUAUUUCUGUAGAGAGGGUGCCAAUAGUACCACACCAGAACUUGGGGAAAAAGCUGACAUUUGUCCCGCCGGUUAUUACUGCCCUGAAGGUGUUGACAAGCCAAUCGAUUGUCCAGCUGGUACUUACAGCCCAGCAACAGGUCUUCAGGCAGAACACGAAUGCUUAGAUUGUACUGGUGGAGAAUUCUGUAAUGAAACAGCCAUGACAAAAACAGCAGGACCUUGCAAACUUGGUUACUAUUGUCCAGUACGUUCCUCAAGCGAAACACAAAUUCAAUGUCCUUCGGGCCGUUAUUGCACACAGGGUACCCAUCAUCCCUUCCCAUGUCCAUCAGGAACUUAUUCAAAUGGCAGUGGUUUAGAGAAGGCAGACGACUGUACUGAUUGCAGACCAGGAUAUUUCUGUGAUGACGAGGGACUUGUUGAGCCAAAGGAUCAAUGUGACGAGGGCUAUUAUUGCCCCAAGGGUCAAAAUGUUAGUAAUCCGUAUCCUUGUCCAGCUGGCAAGCAUUGCCCGAAAGGAAGUCCUGAACCUCGAGAUUGCCCCGCAGGGACAUUUGCCGAAAGUCCCAGAUCAUCGGAAUGUGCGACGUGCCCUGAGGGCUAUUAUUGUCUCCCAGAACUUGUUAUUUCAGGUGACUCGAGUUCUGCCAAGCAUGACUGUCCAGAGGGGUACUUUUGUCCAAAUGGUACGGGGGCUGAUUGGAAACAAUGUCCUGCUGGUACUUACAACAACAGGAAGAACUUAGUGCGAGAACAAGACUGCACGCCCUGUUCUGGUGGCAAAUUUUGUAGAGGUACAAACCUAACGGAACCAAGUGGAAGCUGUAGUGCUGGCUACUAUUGUGUGUCUGGUGCAGCAUCACCAAACCCAUACAUGACAAACUUGACACAGAGUCCUGCCCAUUUUGAGCACAUCACUAUUGGUGACGUUUGUCCCCGUGGACACUUCUGUAUAGCUGGCAGUGUCAUCUUUCAAGGCUGCCCUGCUGGUACGUAUCAAGACGAGGAAGGCAAAGCUAGUUGCAAACGAUGUCCACAAGGCUUCUAUUGCUAUGCUAACUCCACCACAUAUCAAGGCAAUCAAUGUCCCAAAGGUCAUUACUGUCCAGAAGGUUCGCCCAGACCUCGUUAUCAACCAUGUCAACCAGGUACUUACAACCCCAAGGUUCAGGGCAACUCGUCGCUCAACUGCUUACCUUGUGACCCUGGUCACUACUGUGCUAAUUAUGGAAACGAAAAACCCACAAAUUCUUGCAGUGCUGGGUUUUAUUGUCCUGGAGGCAACAGCAAAGCUAAACCUGCUGCAACGCGUUGCACACCUGGUCACUUUUGUCCAGAUUCUUCCCAUAACAUGACAAUAUGCACACCUGGAAGGUAUUGUGAUGAGCACGAGCUGCAUCAUACAAAAGGACCGUGUGACCCUGGAUAUUACUGUCCAGCAGGAUCCACCAGCAGCCGCCAAGAGGAAUGUAAAGAAGGACACUAUUGCCCAUUGGAAUCACCUUACCCGUUGCCCUGUCAACCAGGCUAUUAUUUACCUGGAAAGAAACACGAGAAUGAUUCAGAGUGUGUACAGUGUAUAGCUGGUAUGUUCUGCAACAGCAGUGGUCUAAGCUAUCCAGAUGGGUAUUGUGAUAGAGGGUACUUCUGUCCACCCGGCCAGACAGUUUCAUCUCCAAACUCACAUCCCUGCCCAGUGGGUCACUUUUGCCUGGAGGGAUCACCUCUUCCAGAACGCUGUCCAAAUGGCACUUACCAAGAUAGUCAGUAUUCCUCCAAAUGUAAGGAAUGUUUGCCUGGGUACUACUGUGAUAAUACUUUAGUUGCUGUGAGUAACCUGACAGGAUAUGAAUGCCCCAUGGGACACUAUUGUCCCUCAGGGACAUCAUUUUCAACUCAACACAAGUGUCCAUCUGGAACAUGGAGCAACAAGACUCGACUUGAGCGAGCUGAACAAUGUACAGAGUGCCCUCCUAGGUACUUUUGUCAGCAAGAAGGUUUGACAGAACCUGAAGAUCUAUGUCUUGCUGGCUUUUACUGUAAUGGCAGUGCCAAGGUGUCAAAUCCAACAUAUGCAAAAUGUCCCAUUGGACAUUUCUGCGUGAAGGGAAGUUAUAUACCUGAACCUUGUCCACGUGGCUCGUUUGCAAACUCGGAGGGAAAUAAAAACGUCACAGACUGCAGGCCUUGUAGCCCUGGAUAUUAUUGUGAUCCAAAGGCCACUAUCGUAGAAGAACGACCUUGUGAUGCUGGUUAUGUUUGUAUCUUGGGUUCUACCACUCCACGCCCAACAGACGGUAUAGAGGGAAAGGCUUGUCCCAGAGGCCAUUUCUGUACUAAAGGAACUGUAAAGGAAGAACCAUGUCCCAGGGGCCAAUAUGGUCCCACUAAAAGCCAGAGUGUUUGUGAGAACUGUCCAGUUGGCUUCACUUGUCCCAACACCUCUGUUAUUCAGCCAACGCCUUGUUCUCCGGGACACUAUUGCCCAGGUGGUGAGUCGUUGCCCAAGGGAACACCAUGUCCGAGUGGAACGUAUCUUCCUACUGAAUAUGGCAAAUUUAAAAAUGAGUGCUUGGCAUGCCCGCCUGGCAAGUACUGUGAACUUCCUGGCCAGGCUAGCGCAACUGGACCUUGUCGUGCCGGCUACCUUUGUAGAGGUGGAGCCAGAUUUUUUUCACCUAAUGAUACCGGUGAUGCAGACAAUGGCCCUUGCCCCCCAGGGUUCUACUGUGAAGAGGGAACAACAAAUGGCACCUGGUGCCCCGAAGGAACCCUCAGGCCAUACUCGGGUGCUAAAUCGCGUAAUGACUGUUUGCCUUGUACUGGAGGGAAAUAUUGUUAUCAACCUGGACUGCUCAUUGCAACCGAAGACUGUCACCCAGGUUACUACUGCCCAGCAGAAGAAGACAUUCGCUAUCCAAAACCAAGCAACUUCCUUUGUCCAAUUGGGCAUUUCUGUCCAAAGGGCACUGCCAACCCAUUUAGCUGUGCACCAGGGACAUAUCAGAGUCGUAAACAGCAAGUAUCAUGUGACAUCUGCCCAAAAGGCUUCUACUGCCUUGCCAACACUUCUGACCCCAUAGCGUGCCCUCCCCAUCACUUCUGUCCGAACGGUACACACACCCCAGUGGUCUGCCCUAAUGGAACAUUUACGAACGACCAAGAAACUGGACUGAGCAAUGUCGAUCAGUGUAGACCUUGUGUUGCUGGUCAUUUUUGCCAGCUUGGUGUCAUCACUGACAACUGUACUGCUGGAUAUCUGUGUUACAUUGGCAAUCCUACCCCCACCCCUGAUGGGUCUAAUUCAAGUAUUGGAGAGAUAUGUCCCAUUGGUUACUACUGUCCUGCUGGGACCUUAAAGCGCCAGAGGUGUGAGCCAGGUUUGGUAAUCCCUUACAAGGGAGCCAGAUCAAAAGCUGAAUGUCAAGUGUGCCCGGCUGGAAAGAUUUGCGUCAGUGGUGACUCUAUACCUAAAGAUUGUACCGUUGGAUAUUACUGUCCCUUCAAUGACACUGCGAGACCUUGCCCUCUGCAAACAUUCAACAAUGUAUCUGGUGCGACAGAUAUAAGCUUUUGUCAUCCAUGCCCUGCUGGAUACUAUUGCUGGUAUGAAGGUCUCUCCGACUACGCCACGUCUCCAUGUCCAGUUGGUCAGUACUGUCUUAAUGCCACAGACCAACCCAUACCUUGUCCAAAUGGCACCUUCCGUGAUUCCACAGGGGCACGUAACAUAUCUGAGUGUCACCUUUGUCCUGCCGGGAGGUAUUGUCCUCUGUCGAACAGUAGUUUCUAUGGAUACGAGUGCCCAGACGGAACUUUCUGCCCUGCGGGAAGAACAUCACCAACUGUUUGUCUUCCUGGUUAUUACUGCAAGGAAACUAAAACUCAAGUUCCAUGCCCAGCUGGCUUUUAUUGUCCAAAUGGAUCCGAGUCAUACAUCACCUGUCCCCACGGGUCUUACUGUGAUCCGGAAGAUCGUUGUGAUCCCACUGACCUUAGUGCAGGUGCCUGCCAGCCGAAGAUAUGUCCAUUAGGUUACAAACAGGUAGAAAAUUCUUCGAGAAAGAACUUCAAUGAUACGUGCGAGAUUUGCCCCCCGGGUUCUUAUGGAAAUCAUCCCGAACGUCGGGAAUGUGCUCCUUGCCGUGGUGGCGUCAUCUGUUUGAAAGGAGCAACUACAGAUGACCCUGGCUUAAAUGGAACAGAACUCGGUGUGGCGAAAACCAACUCUUACCUUUGCCCGCAGCGUUACUUCUGCCAGAGCGGUGAUCCAAAAUUGUACCCCUGCCCGAAUGGAACUUACAAUGACCAGCUUGGUGCUGCACAUAUUGGACAGUGUAAACCAUGUGCAAAAGAUCACUAUAAUCCCUGGGUGGCUCAAAAUUCAUGCCUGUCUUGUAGCCCGCUGAGUUCUAAACCAGCUGCUGAUAGGUGCGAAUGUACUGGAAAUAACCAAGUAUACCAGAUAUCGGAAAAAACAUGCACCUGUAAGAAGGGUUACGAGCAGCAAAACGGAGAUGAAUGUGUCCAGAAGCUCUACCAAUCAUGCGCAGAUGGUACUUAUCGAAAUCAGGAGGGGAUUUGUUGGACUGAGGCACAAUGGAAUGAUUACUGCAAUAAUACGAAAUGUUCUCAGGGUUCCCUUGGAUUUGUGGGAGAACUGGGCCUUUGUAAGUGCAAGGUUACAAGCAAAGACGACGUUUGUGACAGAGAAUGCAGGUUACAGCAGGAAAACCGGAUUCAAAUACUUUGCAAAGACCCACCACAACUGAGAAUCAAUUCCCCUUUCGGAGAGUCACCAGUCUUUAAUUUGUCAGACCUAGCGAGUAUACCGAACUUCGGGGAAACGUUUGAUUGCACUGAUGGCCAAGAGUUCGCUAUAAGUCUUGUUGUCCUUCAAGACGGAGAAGUGCAAGGGGCAUAUGAUCCUAAUGCGGAAGAGACCUCUGCUCUGUUAGCUGCACAGCAAGCACUCAGCUCGGCAAACUCGUCUUCAGCAUCGAGCAGAAGGAAGAGAAGAGCUGUGUCUGGUUUGUCGUACAGAGGCAUGACAAAUCCAACCAUUUGCCUGAAGCAUGGUUCGCAUAUGAUGUGGAAAGUGUCUAACACAGACUUCCCUAAAUACGACAAAAGCAACCUGUACAACACAAAUCCAUCCUUUGAUGAUGGACCAUUUAAAGCUUUGGAAGAAAAACAUCAGCUGGAAUCCACCAAAUUUGAGUUGUUUGCCUACAGGUUUGAUACAGAAGGUGUUUAUGUGUUCACGUCCAGCGCUAAUCCAGAGAGCACCAUGUUUGUUCGCGUCAUGGCCAAAGGUGCUGAGUGUGCUGAAGAUGGUCCAUUUUUCCCCACCACGCCAAGGAAUGUGAUCCAAAAUGGCAUUGCAAUUUCGAGGGAUAUCGUUGUCAUGCCAGACUGGGUAUUAAUCGGCGCCAUGUUGGGAAGCUUCGCCUUAUUGAUGAUUAUUCUCAUUAUUGGUUUGUUAAUCUUCCGUAAACAUGGUUGGAAGAAAGUUACCUUCAAGUUCCCCCGCUAUCGUAAGCUGGCGCAGAAUUACAGCUUUGAUGACUAUUCCUCUAAAGGAUCCACGGUUCAUCCUGUUAAGAAGUACCACAGGAAUCUUGAGGCGCUCAAUCAGUAUGCGAAUGAAGGACCCUCGCAGGAGAAGGGCCCUGCAGUUGAUGAAGAAGUGAAGGGCGAUGAAUUCUGGGAUUACGACCAACAAGUGGAUUUAGAAGGUUUUACAUCCGGGAGAUUGUAUGGCAUUUUAGCUAAACAGUCCAGGGAAGUAACAGCAGCCAUAGCCAGACAAAAGGAUCAGGCAAAACAACUUUACCAGAAGAUCAACCAACAGACAGAGUCUCUUAAGGGAUUAUGGAUCGCCAAACUCAAUCUUAAAGGUCGUGCUGCCAUGGCAACACCGGAAGACUUGAGAAUGUUUGAGGCCAAGAAAGGAGAGCUUGAAGCUGAACUUGAGAGAAGGAAGGAGCUUGGUUUCAAUUUUCAGCAGAUCUUACAGCGGCAGAAAACAAUUCUGGAAGAAGACGAGGAAGCAAGAGAGGCACACUUAAUAGCGUUUGAUUCAUCUUUGCGUGAAGCGAUUCGUAUCCUGAAGGGUUACAGUGAAAAGCAAGGCAAGGGUGAUAUGGCAGGAGACUUCAACGACCAGUUAGAACACAGGAUUGGAAGUCGUGUUGAUGCAAUCAUUCAGCGGUUGAACGUAGAAAUAACCAGCGAAUGCCAGCGACGAGGAACCUGGGCGUUACUCGGACAAGACACUGGAGCGAGGCUGUGUACCAUUGAAGGAGAGAUCCUGAGCAUGAGUUACUUGUUUAACGCCGAUGGAGGCAUUCAAGCCACUGAUAUGAUAUCACAUGACCCACAUACGGGACUGAUGAUUCCCAACCCUACGACAGCUAAUAUGUUAUUGGCUGACAACUUAACAAAUAUUCCCGUCCCGCAGUACUUUUUCGUUCAUCCAAAGAGCGGGCGUGUCAUGCCCAUCGAGGGAAAUGUCGCCUAUGACCCGCUUGCAUCUCGCCUCUCAUUCACCGCUGAUAGCAAUAAUGCAGACGCAGCCACAUCAGCAGAAGCUCUUAUUCCGUUUGUACCAUACCCAAACAAUCCCCAGACAGGGGUCCCAGUGAAGUUGACUCUUAUACCAGUAGAGAAGAAAGGAGACAUGCGGCUGAAUGGGAGAAUGAUUUGUGGAAGGACUGGUCUUCCUGUUCCGAUUUUAGGAAUGACUAUUCAUCCAGAGACAGGUAAUGCUUAUCCAGUCGGUGGCUGUCAUGACGACCCAGUAACAGGUCUCCCAGUUGCCAUAGAGAUUGGUUCGAUGAUGCUGGAUCCCAACUCAGGUCGCCCAGCCCCCAUUGUAGCGGUGACCAUUGACCCAAGGACAGGCAGUGUCAUUCCCCUGGGUGGUACCCCAGGGGAUUUGGACAGAGGCGAUGAGAUCCCACUGCUGCUCAGUGACUCGUUCACAGAGCCUCUGGCAGGAAGGCCACUGAAAGUAACUGGUGCCAGGCUUGUGGAUGAUGGAGAGGAGAGGGAACUGGAACCAAUGGGUGGAGGCUAUCAGUAUGUGUUAGACGUUGGUGAACUCUAUUAUGAAUUCCGCGUUCUAGAGGCUCUGCAGGAUCUGAAAGAUGCUGUGACUGGUCCAGAUGAAUCGGAUGGCCGUCAUGAGCUAAGCAUGCUGGAGACUGCUCAGAAGGAUCUUCAGCGGGGACGCUCCAAGGUCAUGACGUAUCUUUUGAGAAGUGUUCAUGACAUUAUGCGCCGCGAGGAGCGCUGCUCUCUUUUGGCAGAGAGUGGUGGCAGCCCAGGAAUGUACGAAUUCUCAGCCACUGGUCAGCUGCUUCCUAUACUCAUAGGUACAACUAUGAGGGACCCAUCAGGAAUGGACCUCGAGGUCCCAAUCCUUGGCAUCGACAAAAACCACGAGACGGACACCAUUAUUCCCCUAGGAGGCUCCCUGGAGGACCCUGGUGGGGAGGGGUUGGUUGCUAUCAUGAUAGGAGAGAAGGCUGUGGAUCCAGUGACUGGUUCACUGUCCACCAUAUGUGGCGUGAAGAUGAACCAAGAGUUUGGCGUGACAGAACCUGUCACGCUUUCCUCUAGUACACACAGAAAGCGGCGCCCGCCCCCUGGUUCGGUGGCCCUUCUUGAGGAGGAGCUCGCUGGUCGGCGCAGUUUUUGGCGUCGUCAGCGACACCGUGAAGCUGAGCUCACGGAAGUGGAGUCCAAUCUUUGCCGCCAGCUGCUGGAAGAUGAACACGUGACAGCUCAUCGUGUGCAGGAACAACUGGAAAACAUUCAGGAAGAAACCGUGACCUUGGCUGAUGCGGCACGCCGUGAAGUGCAGCGACGUAGCGAAGCUUCAGUCGACCACGCUGCUGGUUUGCCGCCAGAUGUUGUGGCUGUGCUGACAAUGUUUGACGCUUUGGAAAGACAAAAGGAAGACGGACACAACAAUGCUCACAAACGCUUUGCUGACGCAAUCAACCGCUUCUUUGAUAAAUUGCGAACCGAAGAGACGAAGUAUAACAACAGAAUGGAAGAACUUCAGGGUGCAUUAAAUCCCGAAGCAGAAGCUGCCGUGACUGAUCGCUUCCAGCAAGCAAAGGCCAGGUUACGUGGCGAACUAAAAGAUCAGCUCCAGAGCCGCACGGAACAGCUGGACGAGGAGCACUCGGGACUAGAAUACGUCAGGAAUAAAGCCGAGAUUUCUGCAUUGGAAGCCAAGCUUGUCUUGACGGGAGGUGCAAUCAUCGCGGGCGAAUACGAAGUCACACUGCAGGGAAUAUACGGAGAUGAUCUUCCGCUACCCGAAGCCAAUCGGGAGCUUUUGCCUCUUCUUCAGCGCCUCAUCCGCCUUUUACAGGAGGGCAUGCCAGUGUUGAUGAACUCCGCUGGUCAAGUUGUUGGAGGCGGAUAUUCUGUACUCGGUGGCGGCGCUAAAUUUGACGUCAUCAACUCAAGUACUGUGUUGGAACGAGGCACUAGUGUUGCUCCAACUGUGGUGAUAAGCCAGCCUGUUGUCGCUUCUGAACAAACUCAAAAAGCUGCUGGUAUUACUCUAGCCCCAGGCCUCCAGCGUCAGUCAAGCGCUGUCUUCUCGACAGGGGAAAUUCUCUCAACAGUAGAAGUUGAUCAAAUGGGGCAAAAAUACAGCAGCGAAGCAAUGAAUAUUGCGGAGAUCGCCGCAUCAGGUGGCUUGACAGAGGCAAAGAGAAAGGAAAUCAGCAAGAACCUGAUGGAAAAACACACUCUGGAAUGUGCUCAGUUAGAGAAUGAACUUCGCUCAAACGAAAUCAAAAUCAUCUCUGAGGUUAUAACUUCGUAUGAAGAGAAGAAAGGCAAGGCCGUGACUGAGUUACAGGGAGAACUUAGGGAAAAACUACGACGGGCACAAAGCGAAGAAGAGAAAGAAGCUCUCGUACGGGAAUACUCAGAAAAAAUGAGUAAGGUACAGGAAGAUAUUGAACAACAGAAACAGAGGAAACUGAGGGACGUUAGAAAACUUUUGAAAGAAGAGCGAGUACGACGCAAGAAAGAGCUUUACAAUCGUCAUAAGGAAGAAGCUCGCAUUGCUGGGGUUAUUGACGUCAUCGAUCUUGAUCUCCCGGAUGAGGAUGAGCUGGAGAGAGGUCUGAUCUUAUUGGCUCAGCAGCAAGAGAAGCUAUUGGCUGAACUGGCACUUGCCUACGAACAAGAAAGUGAACGUGAACGAGAGGAGAUGGAGUCCGGCAGACGAGCGGAAUUUGAUAAGGAGAUGGAAGCACGAGUGAAAUCCAUGAAUUUAUCACUUGCUCCAGAAGAGAUCGAGGAAGCUUUUGAAGAAGUGCGAGAGCUUCACUCGCGAGCUGCUUCUAGGAGAGUCAACAUGAAAGAAAAGAUGAAAGAACGAAAAGAUCGUAAACGUUCCAAGAGGACUGAGGAGGAACUUAAAGAAGAGCUCAAACAUGUGGCACCUGGGUCCCCUGAGGAAGCAGAGAUCCUGGAAGCCCUGCGGAAACGAGAGAAUGCAGACGUAUUGAGAGAACAAGGCGCUCUGAUAGCAGUUUUGGCCGAGGUGGAGGCUGAACAAGAAGACAAGAAACGAAAACAGGUUGUGCAAGACCUAUUGAAGGGAACUAAAAUGUCUGAAGAAGAACAGCAACAAAUAGUGGAGAGGUACAUGGUGGAAGCUGAAGAGAUGAGAGAGCGAUACAACGAUCUACAGAGACAUAGCCGGGCUGUUCUGGCCGCUAAACUGGCUGCACGAAGACGUCAGAAGGAACAAAUGAACAAGGAAACUGCUAUGAAGAAAGAACUGAAAGAAAUGAGCAAGAAACAGGCUAAAUUAUCCGGGGACGAUGCCGCUGUGCAAGUGCUGGAGGCAGCGGAGGCUCAGCUAGCUGGUGACCUUAGUCAAGAGCUGGAGAAACUUGCUGAUAAACAAAUCGAAGAACAAACUGCUCUGGAAGUAAAGCAGGCUGAAGAGUUGAUCAACAUGGAGAAAGAACUGCAAGCUGCACAACAGGAUGCAGGGAAUCAAGUCGCAGAUCAGAUAGAAGAACAGAAACAGAAGCUACUUGAAGCCAAAAAGGAGACUUUCGCGAAAGAGAUGUCACGCAAGCGUAACGAACUAUCAAAGGACCAGGCUGAUAUGUUACUGGAGCAACACAAGCAAGAGCUGGAGAUGUUGUCACGCAGCAUGGAUGUGGAGAAACAGCGGCAGAUGAACUCGCUCAGUGACAAGAUUGCUGAGCGAAAGAGACGCAAAGCUGCUGCCUUGGAACAAAAACACCAGGCUGAAAUGGCAAAGACACUGAUAAACCAGCAAAGUGAAAGGCAACGAGUUCAAGAGGAUAAGAUUCGUGACGCCCAGAAGACAGCAUUGGCAGAUACGGUACAAAAUCUGGACAGUGAACGGGCUGGAAACACAAUAUACCAAGUGUUGCAACAAAGACACAUACAAGAAAGAGUACAACUUGAAGAACAGUUUAAUAGAGAGAUCGACGCUGCCAAGGCAGAAGCGCGGGCUCGCAUGGCUGAAACACGCCAAACAGAGAGAGAAGAACUAAUAGCAGACCAAGAGAAGGAAUUAAUGGAGUUGAUUUCCAAGUCAAACUCGAUGAGCACAGCUGAACUUUCUCAGUUGAAAGCGGAGUUGAAAUUAAAACAGAAGAAACAACUGGCACAGUUCGACGCAGAGACACAAGAGAAAGUCGCACAGGCCGAACUAGAUACCCUGCCCUCUCUUGACGUGAAACAUGCUCAUGCCAGGUUGGAACUUAGAGAAAGACAACUGCUAGAGCUCGCGGGCACAAUGAGUGAGCUAUCUUCAGAAGAGGAACUCAUCAACAACUACAACGAAGAAGCCGAACGCGCUUCACAGGCAGCCAAAGAAUACCGAGAACAAACUAUGUUUGAAAUGGCCGAGAAAAUCGACAAGAUAAAGGCGGAAAGACAACAGCAGAGUGAUGAACAGAAAAGAAAGAUGGAUGACGAAAUAAAGCGUCUUGAAGCUGAGCUAGAGAAAGAGCGAGAACGAGAGGAACUGAGGCUAGCAGAGCGGGAGGCCGAGCGUGCUGCAAAGAGAGCGAAAGCAGCACAGGAGAGUGAAGCUGCUAAAGAACUGGCCAUGGCUCAACGAGGAAUGACCGAGGAACAAAAAGAGAAACUAAUGAAAGAACACGCGGCCAACAUGGCUAAAUUUGAAGAAAACCUUAAAAAAGAACAAGAGAGAACGAAAGCUUCGCUUCGCGAGAAACUUGAAGCCAGGCGAAAGAAGAAAAAAGAUGCAGAGAUGCAGAAAAUUAAAGCGGCUGCAAAGAUUGAGACAGAGGCUGCUGAAAAGAAAGAGAGACAAGAAAUGACCGAGCUACAGAAACAAGAGGCGGAGCGGCUGAAGGCAAGCACCCCAACUACACCCUUGGCUCCAUCAGAGACACGAGAGGGAAGCACAGAAGACCUAACCACCACUGAAAGUCUGCUUAUGUCAUCAGCAGAUGGUCAGCCUGUUAUAACCGCUGGACUGCCUGCGGGCGUUUCAGAGCAAGACUGGGUUUCGAUGCUGAUUGGUUCACCAAUAUUCGACAGCGUCGAUGAAAUUGAAAAUAUGCUGAAAAAUAACAUCGGUGAGGGAGGAGUAGCUGGGGCUAAAGGCGGACGACCGUAUAUCGACAUCAAAGACGCGCAAUGGUUGUGUCGAGGUGAUUUGGUCCCAGUGGAUAUUAAUGACCUCAGUCCUGCUAACUUUGUGGUGUAUCGCUUUGGAGUCUUCAUUACACAGAUGUUACACAAAGCAAUGGACGCACCUGAAGUUACUUUACUGCUCGCAUCCAAUUUGCCCCAAAAUAACUACGAAAGGAAUGCCUUCCGAAAUUCCUUCUUCUAUGAGCAUGCGCGGCGGGUGUUGUUAGUGAGGCAGGAGCGGAUGGAGUCUGUCGGAGAUUUCCUGGUUGUGAUCAUGCACUGUCUGGCGCACAUCAAGAUUGAAGAUCUUGUGGAUGAUCAGAACCCACUCUUUCUCAGGGAAUUCUAUAAGGCCUUCCGUCUUUGUUGUCAAGACCUGUUCUUUGCACGGUCUCGCAAUACACCGACCGCCCAGGGCCUAGCGGGGACUAGGUCUAGCCCCAAUCCCCUGGAGACGGCAUUCAAGCCUACGAGAUCCAUGACCGAGCGAGUGAAUGUGGUUGGAGAACUGGUGGACAUCAAAGUGUCGAGCCCAGUCGAUGCGGAUUUCUCUGUGCAGGGAAUAACAGAGCGUCUGGCGCGUAAGAACGCUUUCCUGACCCGAGCCAAACUAAAGGAGUACCUCUCAUCUGCGCAUGCUCCAUCGUCAAGGAAAGAAGAAUUCGCCAUGACGAGGCUGAAAGAACUUAGAGGAGAGAAAACCGAGGACGAACAAAGACCGAAGUCCCGACCUCUUGGUGUCAAAACCGGAUUAAAAUCCCCAAAAGAACUUCUUCAACGGCAAAUAAACAACCUGGAAGGAAAAGUAGACACUCUAAACACUGAACUGGCCCAAGUCAUGAAAACGGAGUCGGAACUGAACACUGCUGUCAAUCAAAUGGAGGAGGAUAACAACGUACCUGAGGAGAGAUUGUCAGCCGUCACUCAGCAGCUGACAAAUGCUGAACUACAUAAGAACAACCUCUUGAAGAAAGUCGAUUAUCUGGAGGACGAGAUCAAGAGGAAAACUAAGGAACUUAACGCUUUGAAUAGUCAGCACAUGUAGUGAUUUUUUAGCAAUCUUUCCAUUGACCAACGAACCGUACAUAAUCUUGGUACAAAAAUAGAAUUACUUCAGCGUGAUGAAAAUUUUGAUCGCAUCAAACAAUGUAUUUAUUACAAUGAAACAUAUCAGUGUUCUAUAUUUAUAGUUUAACACUUCACUAUAGGACAAAAGAACUGUUUACUGCGGUAUUUUCAUUGUAGGUGAUAAUCAAUAAGUCUCGUGAAGUAUAGGACCACAGGCUCCCAUAGAAUUUUAUGAAGAAACAAAUAGAGCUUGCAAUGUAGGGCUUCUGUUUUCGUUUACAAAAUAGAUUUGAUUUUUUAUAGACGUUUUAUUUAUUUAUUUAAGGCGCUUUGAUGAUUGAUGAUAAUUCUAUUUUUGUAAAGCUUUGUUAUUUGUAAUAAACUCGAUAUUUGAAACUUAAA